UUCCUGCUCUGGAGUAACAAGGAGCGGGUCAAUGGCAGACGAGAGAGAGUUGUUGGGUUCUCUCGUAGCUCUGGACUACAAAAGGAGGAGGAACGUUUGGAUUUGCUUCUCUGAGAAUUGUAGAUGAGAGAGAUGGGCGACGAGACUGGAAGCGAGUUCAAGCAGAUUUGCGUCUUCUGCGGAAGCAACUCCGACAACCGAACCGUCUUCAGCGAUGCGGCUGUGGAGCUGGGCCGUGAACUGGUGAAGAAGAGAAUCGAUUUAGUUUAUGGAGGUGGAAGCGUGGGAUUAAUGGGGCUGAUUUCUCAGACAGUUUAUGAUGGUGGAUGCCAUGUUCUUGGGGUGAUUCCUAAAACUCUUGUUCCAAUUGAGGUAUGGUUUUUAGCCUUCUUUCUCCCAUCUUUUGUCCAUAGACUAUGUUUAAUCUGCUAUUCCUUCAUGAAUAUAUGCUUUCAAAUGACUUAACUUGUUGAACUUUGUUGUUUCUUUUGUAUUUUAGAGUAAGUUUUUCCAGAAGGCCUUUCAACAGUAAAUGAAUUUUGUGAUCAGUUCAUGAGUAUAUAAGCCUCUUUAGAUGUACUUUUGCAUCUAUCUAUAUGUAUAUAUAUAAUGGUAGGAACAAAUAAAAAAAAAACUCGAGUAGGAUUUCAUUGUGUAGAAAAUUAUGCUAAGUUAAUUUACAGGUUUCAUUUUAUCAAAGGAAUGAUAAUUUGUGGUAUUUUCUAUCCUGUUUUUAUUUCAGAUUU